CUAGAUAGCAGAAACCGUAACAAGCAAAAAGCACGCAGAGAGAGAAAGGGAGCAGACACAGAGAGAGAGAGAGAGAGAGAGGCGAUGGAGAAGGAGCGAGAGCAGCAAGUUUAUCUGGCGAGGCUCGCCGAGCAGGCGGAGCGAUAUGAUGAAAUGGUUGAAGCUAUGAAGAAGGUUGCCAAGUUGGGUGUGGAGCUGACAGUGGAGGAGAGGAACCUGGUAUCUGUGGGAUAUAAGAAUGUCAUUGGAGCAAGAAGGGCAUCAUGGAGGAUACUGUCUUCCAUUGAACAGAAAGAGGAGGCCAAAGGUAAUGAGCAGAAUGUGAAGAGAAUAAAGGAUUACAGGCAGAGGGUCGAAGAUGAGCUCGCAAAGAUCUGCCAUGACAUAUUAUCUGUCAUUGAUAAGCACCUUAUUCCCUCUUCUACAACUGGAGAAUCAACUGUUUUCUACUAUAAGAUGAAAGGUGAUUAUUUCCGUUACUUAGCUGAGUUUAAAAGUGGUGAUGAUCGUAAAGAAGCUGCAGAUCAAUCACUUAAGGCUUAUGAGGCCGCCACCUCUACUGCAGCCUCAGAUUUGCCUCCUACUCACCCUAUCAGACUUGGCCUUGCUUUGAACUUCUCUGUUUUUUACUAUGAGAUUUUGAACUCUCCUGAAAGGGCUUGCCAUCUGGCUAAGCAGGCAUUUGAUGAGGCUAUUUCAGAGCUUGAUAGCCUUAAUGAAGAAUCUUACAAGGAUAGCACCCUUAUUAUGCAGCUUCUCAGGGAUAAUCUCACCUUGUGGACCUCAGAUCUGCCAGAGGAGGGAGGUGAGCAAUCCAAAGGUGAUGAACCUCAAGCAGAGAGUUAGUUGGAUGGAAGAGCAUUCUUUUAAGAUUGGACUUGUUGAGUAGGGAAGAGCAUGUUAGAGUGACCUGCCUUUUAGUACUAGUUGUAUGAAGAUCUGUUCUAUUGACCAGAUGUUCUUGGAUUCUAAAAUAUUAUUCUUCUGUUAAAACAUAUGUUAGUCCGCCAUUUUAUAGUCCUUUUGACACCUUAAUGUUUUUCAUAUGCAUUUUAUAUCCCUACCUAUUUCUGUUGAUAUAGAUUGUUCUUGGAUGCAUUUGUUUCAUCACUAGUGGAUGUCCAAAUUUGCUGUUACUUUUAGGAAAAUUUCCCAUAAAUUAUUUACAAGGAACGUGAAUGCUCACUUUACUAGUUCCAGUGUUAUCUAUGUUUAUUAAAUUAUUAUUAUUGAUUGAGAUUAUUGAUUGAGACAGGGAACAUGAUUUUGGGGUUUUGCAUUUUUUUUUUUUUUUUGGUUGUUGUGUAAGAUUCUAUUGUAAGAAAAGAGUGUGUAAAUG